CCUACCAUUGAAGCAAAGUACCAUAGCAAGUUUAAACAGACUCCUACAAAUAAAUAUUUGGAAUCUCUCCUUUCUAAUUUUUUGCUUUCUUUGAGUUAUUCAAUUUCAUUUUUUUUGUCUACCACAUCGAAAGAGACUGAGAGGUAGGAGAAAUGGAAGAGCUAAAGAACUAUGGGCAUCAACAUCCACUGUUGAUGUUAAAUGAGGAGCAGUUGAUUGGCAAUGGCAAUGGAGUAGUUGAUUGCUCAAGGUGUGGGGAGAAGGUUUCAGCUCCAUGUUUUAGCUGUGUGGAGUGCUGUGGGUUUUACCUCCACAAGACAUGUGCCGAGGCACCUUUGGAGCUUAAUCAUCCUUUUCAUCGCCACCAUCCUCUCGUGCUUCUGCAGAAUCAACCUUACACUUCUGGGUGCGUUCGAUGUGUGACUCUCCAAUAUGAUGUAAAAAUUCCAGGGCAUAAACACCCUCUUCUUUUCUAUUUUGAUAAUGAGGAGCAGUGUAAUGGUUGUGGGACGGAUAUCAAUAGCGCAUAUCGUUGUAAGGAUUGUAACUUUGGUUUAUGCCUUCAAUGUGUUCUACGACCAACUAGAGUCGGACACAAUUGCGAUGAUCAUUCUCUUAAACUCACUUAUCACAAGAUUAAUGAUUAUGAAAAAUAUCAUUAUUGUGACAUUUGUGAGGAAAAAAGGGAUCUAAAGUACUGGUUUUACCAUUGCGAAACUUGUGACACUUCUGCUCACGUGAAUUGCGUUCUUGGAGAAUAUCCAUUGAUCAAACUAGGCAGCACCUACAAUGAAGGAGACCAUCCACACCCUCUCACUUUUGCCAAGAAAUUUCCUUACUACCCUAAAUGUGGUGAAUGUGGUGAGCCUUGUGAAGAUCUUUCUCUUGAAUGUGCAGAACCAGGAUGCAACUAUAUUGCUCAUUGGAAAUGCAAAAAACCAGCAAUGCUGUGGUAGUUGCUGAAAAUUGCGGCUUCAGUUUCACAAAAAAGUAAUGUGUGGUUGUUGUUAAUGGUUGUUACUUUUAUUUGGCUUUUCAAUUGUGUGUUUAAACAAUGUAAUAUUUUUAGGUUGAAAAUUGUGAGGUUUGAACUGUAAAUAUAUGAUAAUAAAAUCUAUAUGAUUUGCUUACUAGUCUGUUAAUUAUUUUUGUCCUUAGAUUCCAAGAAAAAUUAUUAUCCUUAUAUGCUACCUUCCAUAUUUAUACAAGUUGAAUAUAGUUGGAUAUGAAAA